AUGUUAACAGAUUGGCCUGAAUGUAGUCUUACAGAUUGGAAAAAGGAUUUUGAGGCGAUUGAAAGAUUGUUAGUUAAUGAAAUGUCUGAUAGAGCUCAGCAUCAAAUUAUUGUUGAUUCUGUUAGGAGAAUACCAGAAUCAGAGCUGGCUAAAAUCGAUCCUUGGCAACGCCGUUUAGUAGAACUAUUGAAACUUGAAUGGGACAUGAUUGGACUUCAACCAGAUCCAAGAAACAAUAACUUCCACGCAAAAGAACAAAAUUGGACGAAAGGGCUUCUUCAUGAGGCUAGAACUCAUGGAAAGAGAUAUUUGUAUGUAACAAGUCUUUUACUUGAUCCGAGAUACGCAAAUGUUCAAGUUAUGAUAAAAGAUCGAAAUCAACUUAAACACGUUCCUCCCAAAAUUUUAAAAAAGCUUUCUGUUGGAAAUGAUCCAGAAAAGGGUCCUUGGAAAGCAAGUACAGAUGAUUCUUCAAUGUUUGAUUUAUUAAAAUAUUCAAAUGCUCGAGAACAGAAGAAAGAACUUUGGGAUUCUUGGAUUGCUAGAUCGUCUUUUGCUUCAAAUGAUCAUCUUUUUAAUAAUUCAUUAACUAUUGAAGAAUUACGAAGUAUUUAUGAACGACUUUCACAACAUAUUGGCUUUCGAUCAACUGCUCAUCAUCAACUUUCUACAAAAAUGAUUGGAAAUCCCGAAACUUUGAGGGAUUUUAUUGCUGGUCUUUACCAUCGUUUACGUCCAGUACUUAUCGAACGUUAUGGACAAUGGUGUAAAUAUGCAGAAAAAGAAGAGGGUAUAGAAACCUUUGGACAGUUACGUACUUCCGAUCUUUUUUAUAUUUGUAGAAGAGAAGCUGAACAUUUUCAUCGUGUUGAUACUCUUGAUUUAAUAAAUCAUUUUCCUGCUUGGCCAACUUUUGAGAAAAUUUUGACCGUUGUUCAAUUUGUUCUAGGCAUUGAAUUUAAGGAGAUAUUAGAUGAUUCAUUAGAACGUUGUCAUCCUUCUGUUCGAAUAUAUGAAGUUACAGACAAAACAACCAAUGAAUAUCUUGGUCGUUUUUAUCUUGAUGCUUUUGCUAGAGACGGAAAAGUUGAUAGAGGGUGGAUUGCAAAUAUAUGGAGAUUAAAAGAUGAAAAUAAAGGAUUGGAUAAAUUAGUUUGGUUGGUUGGGAAUAUAAAAGAAGAGGAUGAAGUGUUGCAUUAUGAAGAAUUGGAAGAUCUUCUUGAAAAUGUAGGCAUUCUUGUCCAUGCUUUGUUAACUCGUUCUCCUUACAUGCAUUUAUCUAGACCACACGCAAUGUACAGCCAAGAAUGGGAUGCUAGAGAUUUUUUAAAAAUAUUUUUUAAAUUUUUUCUUUCCAAACCUGAAUUGAUUCUUUCAAUGAGCAGUCCACAUUUGAAAAAUGGUCAUCUUUUAACAUUACAAAAAGCUCAAGAUAUUUCCCUAGCAUUGGCAAGAGGAAAAUUUUGGGAUACGUGGAGAACCUUGUUCUGGGCAGAUUAUGACCUUUCAUUAUUUGAAUUGGAAAAAUUUCAAGAUAAAUAUUAUUUGGAUCUUUACAAAGAAAUUUAUGCUGAAUAUUUUCCAUUCCCUAUUGAACAUAACAACUUUCAUCCAUGCUCUUUUAUACCUAUUUUUGUGCCACAUUCAAAUGCUUGUAUGUAUUACAGAAAAUUGUGGUGUGAGGCAUUAGCCUUAGAUGUACAUCAAACUUUUGAUAAUGAAGUGGACAAUUUAUCAACAGCAAACAGAUUAAAACAAGUUUGGCUAAAUAAUGGCUCUUUAAAAUCGCAAUGGGAAAUGUAUACACAAUUUCAGGGACGUGAACCAAAUAUAUUGGCUAUCAGUAAUUUUUAUGACCCAAUUUUAAGUCCUUUAAUUAAUGAAGAAAAAAAGUAUGCUUUAGGUUGUUGA